UACACAGACAGAAGUACAGGGAGGGACAGACACAGACGUACAGAGUGAGACACAUACACACGAGGACACGGAGAGAAGAGAAAACAAGUGUUGAAGGUCCCAUCGUUGAUGCGGAUGUGUUAACUGACUGAGGAAUCCUCUCCUGGAGCGUUUGCUGGAGACAGCGAAGGGGAUCUGGUGUGACCCAGUCCUGUCCCAAACAGAACCAUUUUUACCCUGAAACAGGGAAACCAACCCCGACUCAAUCAAUCGGGGACUGUAACAUGUCUGUCUGCUCAGAGGAGGGGAGAGAAUGGAGAACUGUCCAGAAGAAGAAGAAGAAGGGAAUGAAUAAGAAAAGAAAAGAUAACGUCAAAGACACAAGGGCCAUUCUGCUGGAGACAGAGUCGCUGAGUGCGCUUGAGGGACAGAGGAUCCGAAGCAAAAUAAAAGAAUCUGUGGAGGAGCUGCGGGGGUCAGAGUUCGGAGCAGCUUGCCUCGAAACCAUCGGCAGAAGCUUGAGGGAGAAUCUCGGCGGGUUGGAGAGCAGCAGGCCCUGCCCUGAGGCUGGUGGGGGAGUCGCACACCUGGUCUGUCCUGUGCCGCAGGAUGUGGAGACGGACAGUGUGGAGCCUGGGGGAGACCCACUGGACUGCGUGUGUUACGGAAUCGGAAACUUCUCUACCUCGGUGACCUCUCGCUAUCAGCUCGCUCUGCUCCUCCUGCUCCUGGAGUCCUUACAGGUCCCCAGAGCUCGCUGCCUUCUCUUUGAUCCUUUGUUCAGUGAGUGGGAGAGAGAAUUCCUGAGGGAGCUCGGGAUGACAGUGCUGAAAGACAACGAGGAGGGGAAGCGAGCUGUGGACAGACCCACACUCUUCUACAUGAUUCACUGUGGUAAAGCUCUGUACAACAACUUGCUGUGGAGAAACUGGUCGCCAGGGCGGUUGGCGCAGAUCACACUGAUUGGAAACAGUUUUAAAGGGAUUGAAGAGAGAUUGCCAUCUCGGACACUGCAGAGCGAGUACACCUGCAUCGCACACAUUUUGGACAUAACUGAAGAAUGCGCUCUACCUGCCAGCUCCAGGUACAUGGAUGUCUUCAACGACACUUCCCUUCAUCACUUUCCCAGGGACAAACUGAAUGUGAAACCUCCAGUAUUCUGGGAUGUUCCUGCCGAACCCACGUACCAGGAGUGUGAGGACCUGGAAAUAAUUCGGAACCUCGUGAUCACAGAGACGGACCAGAGUGGAGUUAAAUAAGUUCAGUGUGGGUGUCUGCUGGGUUCAGCCUUUCACACACACAGGGAGCGGAGGGUGUCUCGUGGUUUGGGAUCACCACCCGCUGCACAGAGGAUCCUCCUGGAUGUUAAGCUGUGGGAGCGGCUGGUUUUGCAGGGUUUGAGGAAGUGAAGAUUGCUGAUGAUGAUAAUCUUGCAUUUGCUGUAACGCCUUAUCACAUCUUUGAGAUGUGUCACAGGUUAUACUGUAAAGUGAAUUGACUGCAUUUGGACAGUUUGUCACCUUUUAUUAAAGGAACACCCAUUACCCAUACAAUACUGCGUUAAAAACAACUUCCAGAGAAAACUUUCGAUACAAACAACUAAAGUCACACUUGGGCUUAUAGAACCUGCAGCCACAGCAAGAGGACAGUCGCAGAAAAAUAAAACCAGUUUGAAAACAUGA